ACCGGUUUAGCGCCCCUCGUCACCCAAGCUUAUAAUCGAACUCGGCGCGCAUUAUUUCUAUCAAUGCCUUUAUAUCAUACUAUAUACACAUAUCCUGAGCUGACCGCAAAGAGCAAGAUGAGUGAAUUACGAGACUAUGAACAGGUCAAUAAGGCCAAUUGGGACGAACGCGCCCCAGUGCACGCAGAGUCGGCGGAUUACAACUUGUCCGACUACAUCAAGAACAAAGACUAUCUCGGAGACGUCGUCUCAUUUGAUCGCUCCCGUCUGCCCGACUUGACCGGCAAAAAGAUCGUCCAUCUCCAAUGCCAUAUUGGCACCGAUACUCUGGGUUUGGCACGACUCGGCGCAGCCUCUGUCACCGGUCUUGACUUCUCUGGCCCAGCUAUCGCCGAAGCGAGAAAGCUGGCCGAGGCAACUAAUGGGUCUGGCGGCGAGAAGCUGACCUAUGUCGAGGCGUCCGUUUACGAUGCCGCCAAGGUGCUCGAGGCAGGCACCUUUGACGUCGUCUUUACUGGUAUCGGAGCGCUGUGCUGGAUCCACAGUGUAGAGGAAUGGGCUGCUGUUGUAUCCAAGCUUCUGAAGCCUGGUGGCCGCUUGUUCAUUCGCGAGGGACACCCCGUUCUCUGGGCCCUCGACGAGACAGACAAGGAGAAGCUGUCGAUCAAGUUUCCGUACUUUGAGCGCAAGGAGCCGACUGUGUGGGAGUUUGAAAAUACAUAUGUUCAGACAGACCACGUUUUCAAGACGAACAAGACUGCCGAGUUUAACCACGGCAUCGGCGAGAUUGUGCAAGCUGUUAUUAACAGCGGUAUGAGACUGACCAACUUGGAGGAGCAUCAGAGUGUGCCGUGGAAUGCGCUGCCCGAGAUGAUGGUAGCAGAUGGAAAUGAAUGGUCGGUAAAAGACCAGCCGUGGCGAUUGCCUCAUUCGUACACGCUCCAGGCUGUCAAGGAAGAUCUUUCAAAGCCAUAGAUGAGAUAUUCAACGUCAUAAAAGAGCACUUUAAUUAUAAUACCGUACAUAAUCUGAAAUCGUACUGUUAGCCCCGUACCAAGUACCGACUCGUCCAACCUGGUAGAAUCUAAGCGCCGGACCAGGAAACCCCCCCGGGCCGUCGUAGGCCAAAUCCUAUACGGGGCCUCCUGUUCUCCAGACAAUGUGGCAGCAGUUCAUGAGAAUAAAACGACUUCUCAAUCAACUCCAGUGCAAAUUCAAUAUCUGGACCAAUAUAUCGAACACCCAAAAUGCAGGGCCACUGUCGGCUCACUUUAGGGUGAAUUUCAUUAUAGCAGAAGUUAUCCCUCGCUUCCAAUGGCUCUAGUGGGUGAAGAUGACACAG